AUGGAACCCUUUGUGGACGAAACAGAUGUGGUCAUCAUUGGUGGUGGGCCUGCUGGUCUUUCGGCCGCUAUUCGUUUGAAGCAAUUAGCUAAUGAGCAAGGCAAAGAGUGUCGUGUCAUGGUCGUCGAAAAGGCAGGCGAAGUCGGUGCUCACACUCUCUCUGGUGCUGUUCUUGAACCAAGAGCAUUGAACGAAUUAAUUCCUGAUUGGAAAGAAAAGGGUGCGCCUCUCAACACACCCGUGACAAAAGAUAGUAUGCGUUUCUUAACCAAGACCCUGUCGAUACCCUUACCUCACCCUCCUCAAAUGAACAACAAGGGCAAUUAUAUCGUUUCACUCAGCAAUUUUGUCAAAUGGUUGGGCGAACAAGCAGAGGAAUUAGGCGUCGAAAUCUAUCCUGGAUUCGCUGCUAGUGAUGUCCUCUAUAACGAGGAUGGAAGCGUGAGAGGCGUUGCAUUAAAUGACGUUGGCCUGGAUAAAAAUUUUGAGCCCAAGGAUAAUUAUGAACGAGGUAUGCAAAUUCAAGCCAAGGUGACCUUAUUUGCUGAAGGUUGUCAUGGUUCACUUACCAAGGGACUCGUCAAGAAGUUUGAUCUCAGAAAAGAGAGUGGACCUCAAAAAUACGGUAUCGGCCUCAAAGAAGUCUGGGAGGUUCAGCCAGAGAAACAUCAACCUGGUCUCGUCACUCACUCGGUCGGGUGGCCAGCAGAUAUGCAUACCUAUGCUGGUAGCUUCAUGUAUCAUUUUGAACCUGAACGCCACUUGGUUGCUAUUGGCUUUGUCAUCGGUUUAGAUUAUGAAAAUCCUUACUUGAACCCUUACAAAACCUUCCAAAUGUUCAAACACCAUCCCUCUAUCAAGUCCACGCUCGAAGGAGGUAAAUGUAUCUCAUACGGUGCUAGAGCGAUCAACGAAGGCGGGUUCCAGUCGAUCCCUAAGCUUGUAUUCCCCGGCGGUGCCUUGAUUGGCUGUACUGCCGGUUUCUUGAACGUGCCCAAGAUCAAGGGUACUCACACUGCCAUGAAAUCGGCAAUGCUCGCAGCAGAGUCUGCAUUUGACGUUUUGUUCAACCAACAAUCUGAGGGUCCCAUCGUGUUGAAUAACUAUGAGGAGAGCAUCAAGGACUCAUGGGUCUAUGAGGAACUUUAUCAGGUUCGUAACCUUGUCCCCUCCUUCCAUAGCCCACUUGGCCUCUUUGGUGGUCUUGCCUAUUCUGGUCUCGACAGUCUUAUCCUCAAGGGUCGUACCCCUUGGACCUUUAAACACAAGAAGGCCGAUUGGGAAUGCAUGAAGACAGCUGGUGAAUGUAAGCCUAUUGAAUAUCCCAAGCCUGAUGGUGUCAUCUCCUUUGAUCUCUUGACCAACGUCUCUCGUACUGGUACUAAUCACGCAGAGAAUCAACCUGUUCACUUGCGUAUUCGUGAUGCUGCCAAGCCUGUAGAAAGAAACUUGGCCAUGUUUGAUGGACCUGAAAAUCGAUUCUGUCCUGCUGGUGUUUAUGAGUACGUCGAUGAUGAAAAUAAGCCAGGAGAAAAGCGACUUCAGAUCAACUCACAAAACUGUAUUCAUUGCAAGACGUGUGAUAUCAAGGAUCCUUCACAAAACAUUGAUUGGACCGUGCCUGAAGGUGGUGGAGGACCUCAAUAUGUUUGGACUUAA